UGUGUGCGCACGUGCGGUUCGCUCUCUUUGCAACAUGUCGGAAAUAAAAAGAGGUGGACACCGCGAACAACUUCAAGAGUUCAUAGAGAGCUAUAGAAGCGAAACUUGCCUUUGGAUGACCAAAUCUAAAGAUUACCAUGAUCGUAACAAAAAAAAUGCCGCCUACCGCAGGCUAGUCGAAAAAUACAAAGUUAUCGACCCAAAUGCCAACAGAGGCAUAGUGGUUAAGAAGAUUAAUAAUCUCAGAACUAACUACAGAAAAGAGCUUAAGAAAAUAAAAACAUUGUGCAAUUCGGGGGCAGGGACUGACAAGAUUUAUACUCCUCGUUUAUGGUACUUCGAGUUGCUCAGUUUUUUAAACGAUCAACGAGUACCGAGACCAUCGAUAUCGAAUAUAGAUGAUGACGAAAAUGAGAAGCAGUCAACCGCCAGCAUCGGCUCAACAAGCAACGAACGAGACACACCAACUCCGAACCAUUCUGACGGCGACCGAGACACACCAAGACUGAAGUACGAGUAUUUUGACAUGGACCAAGACACAUUGACCCCGAACCGGUCUGACAGCGACCGAGACACACUCACACCAGUAUCGGAACGUAGUCGGCCAAGACUAGGAAAAAAUACAUUAACCGAAGACGUACUUAAGUCCGUAACUGAUCAUUUUAAACGGCCUAAACAAUCCGAUAAUCGUUUUGAAGUUUUUGGAAAAAAUAUUGGAAUGAAACUACAAGAGUUACCAAAAGAACAGAGAAUCAUAGCAGAAAAAAUAAUUAACGACACUCUGUUCUUAGCUGAAAUGGGCAGCUUAACUUUGCUACACACUGUAAGAAAAAACGACGACUUUGCCGACACUAGUUUUUCCACUCAAUCACACUCUCAAAACCUUUAGUUACACUCAGCCACACACUCAAACCCUCUUCACUCAGCCACACACUCAAAACCUUUACACAACCACACACUCAAAGCCAAUAUCCCUUACAAGAUAUUAGUAGCACUAUGAAUCCUCAAGUGUCAAUCCCAUUACAGCCUGAUUAUGAUGCCCAAUCUGAUAAUACAAU